ACGGACCUAUCUGGUUUUAGGUUUGUUGCAGACCAAGGCCGACCAAGCCUGGCCAAGCCCCCUGUGGCGUGCGCCGGUCGGAGAACGGUAACUGGCAGUGCCGACAUUGAUUAUCUGGCAUUGUUAGGCAUCAACAACUCUGUAGACAACAAUGGACUUCGAAUGUCCUUCCCACAAUCGCAUCAGGUCGUGGCUCAAUUCUGCGCAUACAUCAUAUCUCCCUAUCACCCCUCCUCCUGACACCGAAAGGAAGUCCUAUUUACGCCCCUUAAAGCGGAAGCGCGCCGCGUCCCUCCCUAUGUAUGCGCCCAGCUCCAGCUCGCACCGCAACGAAAGCCCAAAGCGACAGAGAACGAGGGAUAUUGAUAUUGUUGAGCCUGGCCAAAGCGUGUCGCAGGUCGGGAGCGAGAAUGCCCUUGCCCUAAACCGAACGAAUACGUUUUGCCCUCCCGCCAGUCGCGUGUCUUCCUCCAGUCCAAAUCGUUCUUCAAGCCCGGCGCGCGAGACACCGGUCAUCUUAAGGAGUGCGUGGCCACCAGUGUGGACAGAGAGCCUGAAUGGACUCCAUGAAGCGCCUCCCCCACACGCUGAAGAGCUUGGUGAGCGGCUCGCCGAUGGCGUAGACUUCCACUUUAUUCCGCACGCCUUGCAAGUACGCAUCACCACCCAAAGAUUUAUUUAUUAGACUUACACGUGUAGAGUCUUAUCAAGAACGACCCUGAGAUAGGCUACCAGACCACUAGACCGGCUGACUUUAACCGCAACGAUACGCGUACUGCAGAGGAGUUGUCUACAAUGUGGAAGAAGAUUAAGGAGAUCUUCCUGAACGCGCGCGAUUGCAAGAAUGGCGGCCGGGAUGAGAAUGCAUGGUGUGACGAUGUGGUGCGACCUCUUGUUCACUUGGCUAUGGAGUUAUAUGGCAAUGAUCGAUGGUGGUUCCAGAGCGUGCAUGUGCUACCUCCC